AUUUUUCUUAAUUUCAGAUUCAGGAAUUAAAAUGUAUUGAUUCGCUGGCAGUGUUUGAUGGUCUUUUGUCUGAAUAGACGACAUGGAAUUACAGAUCCAAUCCCUCCUUCAGGAGGCUGAAUAUAUAGGAGAUGAUGGAGUUGGAGGAGGUGAAGGUGUGGGAGUUGCAGAAGAUGUAAAAUAUUUAAGAAAACAAUAUUUUCUUUUGAAUGAAGAUUUCCAACGUCCAUUGAGGAAAGGGUUGCAAGGGUUACUAAGAACAGGUUCAGAUGAGAACUUGAUCUGUAUCGGACGGGGUACUGUUGUAUCCAGAUUCUACGAUACAGCUGUGGGAUACAAGGUUCAGAUCAAAGAUCACAGUUCCAGCCUAGAAGAGCUUCUCCCUGGUUCUCUUCUGGUUCUCCUCUCUCGGAGUUCUGGUUUCAGGUUGGAACCUGAGUCUUUGGUUCUCUGUUCUGGGGAACAAGGUUCAGAACCAGCUCUGCUCCGGGUACAGGUUCUAGACGGUCAAUUACUCAAGGAUGUGGAGUACAGUGUGUAUAAGUACACAGUGUACUUAGAAGCGUACAAGCAUCAUCUAAAUAUUCUAAAGAACAUGAAGAACUGUCCUGGUCCUCUACCCAGAUACAUAAUCAACUCAGGUAAAGACCCUAAAAUCCUAGAGCCUGAGUAUUUAAGCAAAACUGAAACCUUGUCUCUGAAUUGUCUAAAAUAUUUACACAAUUCCUUCCAGAAAUCUGAAUCCGCCCUGACAGUUGACGAAGUUCAUAAACUUCUUCUCUCAAAACACAGUUCUUCCUCAGCCUCGUCCCCAGGAUCUUCAAGUCUCCAGAUCUUCAAAGCUAGUGGAGAAUACAAAUAUCUCCGAAACAACCCUAAUCUGAAAACUUCCUGUUCUGAAACCCCAGUUAUUAAUAACUUUCCAAAACGUGAACCUAUAGAAUGUCAAAAAUCAUUAUCAAACCAAUCUCAAAUCUCCGACCUGGAAGAAUCUCAAAUCUCCGACCUGGAAGAAUCUCAAAUCUCUGGUCUUGAAAAAUCUCAAGCUGAAGCUCUAAAAAAUGCUCUAACCCAAGAAGUCAGCCUUAUCCAGGGUCCUCCUGGAACAGGGAAAUCGUUUCUUGGUUCCCUUCUGGUCCAGGUACUACUGGAGAAUAGAAGUUUAUGGACCAGGACAAGUUCUACUCCGGUCCUUGUUAUCUGCUAUACCAAUGCUGCUCUAGAUGAGUUUCUUGAGUCUGGUUUACGGUAUACCCGGAGAAUUGUUCGUCUUGGCUCCAGGUCUAAAUCAGAUCUGUUGGAGAACUAUACUCUCAACUCUAUACUAGGAUAUCGAAGAGAUGCCGCGCUCAGAAAUCAAGGAGCCUACUGGAAGGAGAAAGAGCUAAGAUCAGCUCUACAUGAUCUAAACUUAAGACUAGCAGAGCAGGGUUCAGCUUCAUCUGAAGAUAUUUCUCUGCAUCAUGGUUUAAUUCAACAACUCCGAAGUUUAACGGCCGGGGAGGGUCGACUGGUUUGCCAAGGAGCAGAUAUUAUUGGAACAACCUGUACUGGAGCUGCUAAACACCGUCAACUCCUCCACCAGCUUAACCCAAAAAUAGUUCUGGUGGAGGAGGCCGGGGAGAUGAUGGAGAGUCAGCUGAUUGCCUCCAUCCCCCCUUCCUCUACGCAUAUCAUCAUGAUAGGGGACCAUCAACAGCUUAGACCACAGGUUGGAUCUCCUGAACUUGCCAAGUCUGAAUCUCAUGACAUAUCUCUGUUUGAGAGAUUGAUUAUCUGUGGGUUCCCCUUCUCCUGUCUUUUAACCCAGCACAGGAUGGUUCCUCUCCUCUCUUCUCUCCUGUCUCCGAUAUAUCCAGGUCUCCGAAACCAUCCGGAGGUAGAACGGAGAGGACGGAUUCCAGGGUUAGUUUCUCCGCUCUUCUUCAUCAAUCAUUUACAUGCUGAACACCAAUCUCAGGGUGGCAGUAGAACAAACAAAUUCGAGGCAGAGUUUUGUGUAGCACUUGUUCAAUAUCUAGUUCUUCAAGGCAUACAGCCUUCUAGGAUAUCCGUCCUUACAAGGGAUGUGUCUCAUAGAAUAAGCGUGGCUUUGUCCAGAGCUCGCGAUGUCCUUAUAAUCCUCGGGAACCUUGAAGAGCUGGCCUCAGCCUCGAAGCUCUGGACCGAUCUAGAGGCCAUCUUAAGGAGCAGAAACCUUGUUGGACAAUCUCUUCCUGUGUGUUGUCAACCCCACGGGUCUGUGACCCAAGUUUCAAGUUCUUCUGAUCUCCAGUACCUUCAAAAUGGCGGCUGUGGAGAAAUGUGCGAAAUCAAGAUGGCGUGCGGGCACACAUGUUUAGAAAAGUGUCAUGGCGGAUCCAUCCGCCAUUGUUGUGGUAGGGUUUGCUCAAGAAGUUGUAAUAAAGGACAUCCCUGCAGUAAACUCUGUGGAGAAGAUUGUGGAGAGUGCAGUAUCAGGGUUGAGGUCAAAUUACAGUGCGGACAUCUUCAAGAUAUUCCCUGUUAUCAGAGAACGGAGCUGGCUGUUUGUUCUGUUGUCCAGGUUGAUUCUCUUUCUUGUGGUCAUUCUCAACCAAGACCUUGUGGUACUUCCUCUCAAACUUGCUCUCAAAUCUGCUCAAGUCGUCUAGAAUGUGGCCAUGAAUGCUCUUUACUUUGUCAUCCUAUAUCUACCCUUCACACCUGCACCAAACCCUGUCCUAGUUCCUGUGUGAAAGGACACCCCUGCUCUGGGUUAUGUGGUGAAGUAUGUAAACCUUGCUCCCACCCGGUUCAAGUUCUCCUACCUUGCUCACAUCUGGGAAAUCUGACCUGCAGCGAAGACCUGGAGAAGUAUGAGUGCACAGAGAAGUGCAGUAAAAUUUUAGAUUGCGGGCAUAAUUGCCGCGCAUUAUGUUAUGAAGACUGUGACCGCAGUUGUAGAUUUAGAGGUCAACUUGUUCUGCCCUGUGGUCAUUCUGCUAACGGUAGAUGUGGUGACCCUCCAGCCUGCUCCAACCCAUGUCCUCUCCUCCUGUUGUGUGGACACCCCUGUCAGGAGUCCUGUGGUGCUCUCUGUACAACUAAAUGCAAAGAGCCGGUUUCUAUAACUCUAAUAUCUGGGACUAGGACCGAGCAGAGUAGAUCCUGCUCCCAUACUCCUGUUCUACUCUGCCAUGCUGCUAGAGCUAGGGAUCAAGAUCAGAUUCCUGAAUGUAAAGAGGUUUGCUUUGCCCGCCUUUGCUGUGGCCAUCUUUGCUCCGGGAUCUGCUCUGAGUGUAAAGAAUUUGAGCUGCAUCUUCCCUGUGUCCAAGCAUGUACAAGGACGUUGUUGUGCGGUCAUCCUUGUACAAGUAUAUGCGGUCAGCCUUGUCCCCCUUGCAAGCUGAACAGUUUAAUCAGGUGUCCUCAUGUAAAAGCAAAAAACAAAUGCGACGAGUUACCUAAACCCUGUAAAGAAAAGUGUGAGUGGAAAUGCGAGCAUAAAAAGUGCACAAAGAAGUGCUCCUUGGAUUGCAACCGAACUCUCUGUGAGGAAAAAUGCCGAAUAAAAUUAAAGUGCGGACACUUAUGUACAGGGUACUGUGGAGAACUGUGUUUAUGUACAGUAUGUUCUGGUUCUGGGGAAGGAUCAGGACCGUGGAUAAACCUUGGUUGUGGUUGUGCUCUGACCUAUCCUGUCUUUAAACCUGACUCCAGGUACAAGUUUAACUAGGGAGGAAUAAACCUU